AUGACAGGAACAGAAGCUACAGCUACUCCCACUGUCACUGGAUCCACUUGCAGUGGAAGCACUCUUGAUUCCAAUCACCCAUACUAUCUACACUCCUCUAAUGCUCCAGGGAUGUCUUUAGUUAGCUCACCAUUUGAUGGAAGAGGCUUUCCAGGAUGGAGAAUAUCUGUGCUAAUUGCUAUUUCAGCCAAGAACAAGCUUGGUUUUAUCAAUGGAACUUGUGUUGAACCAGCUUUAAAUGCUGCAGAGCACUCACAGUGGAGCAGGUGCAACGACAUGGUGACCUCUUGGUUGUUAAAUUCCCUCACCAAGGAGAUAGGAGACAGUGUAAUUAAUUCUAGAACUGCAAAGGAUCUGUGGGGUAGCCUUGAACACAGGUUUGGCCAAUCGAGUGGAGCAAAGCUCUAUCACCUGCAGAAGGAGAUCUUAAAGUUAGCUCAAGGAAGUAGCAGCAUAGCAGGUUAUUUCACAACUCUAAAAAGGCUUUGGGAUGAGUUGGAUUCUCUCAACUCACACCUGGGAUGCACCUGUGAUUGCACAUGUGAUGGAAAGAUCAUGGAGGAUCAAAGAGUUAUUCAAUUCCUUAUGGGAUUGAAUGAUUUUUAUGCUCAAGCAAGAGGAAACAUACUCAUGAUGAGUCCUCCCCCAGGCAUUGACCAAUCCUAUUCUCUACUGUUGCAGGAUGAGAGUCAAAGGGAAAUAUACGUGAAUCCCUCUUACACCACUGAUGUUGUAUCAUUCAUGGUGGGAACACAGAAUAAAAACCCACAGAGAAACAAUCAGAUCCAAAGAACUUGGAAUCCACAGCAGAAGCAAGGGAACACACAACAAAAAUUUAAGGGAAAGAAGACUAGGUAUAACCCAAAUGUUACCUGUUCUCACUGCAUGAGGACAAGACAUACCAGGGCAGACUGCUACAGGCUCAAUGAGUUUCCAGAUGAUUUUCAAUUUACCAAGUCAAACAUAUCUCAAGGAGUAGUGAAGGUCAAUGCACUGGUUCCAACAACAGAAACAGAUGGACAAACAAAUGGAUGCACUGAAGGAAAUUCAAGCACUCAGAAUCAUUUUUUUAGCAAGGAACAAGUUUCUGAGCUAGUGAACAUAAUCAAGCAGGUGCAGAUUGGGAAUGGAGGAAAUCCAGGAACAGAAAUAAAUGCUAAUGUAGUAGCUGGUACCAUUCUUAAAUACUCUGGAACAUGCCUAGCUGUUUUUAACACUAACACCUGGAUUAUUGACUCAGGUGCCUCUGAGCACAUGUGUUUUGAUUCAAAAUCUUUCUUAGAACUCUGUCCUUUACCUACCCCUCUGCACAUAAGUUUGCCUAACUCAUUUCAAUUGUUUGUUACACAGAUAGGAAGGGUCCCUUUAAUAAGGAGGGGACAAGCUUUUGGUGAAGUAAGGGAUGGCCUAUACUUGCUCCAGCCUAGUAGUUUAGAGUCUAGGAUCUUAUUCAAACAAAAUGUAAUUUCAAUUCCUAAAGGAAGCAAUUCCAGUCUGUUUUCCCCUAGUGUUCCUUUUUCAGCACCUGUGUUUGCUAAUGCUAUAUCUAAUGUAAGAAAAUGGCAUGUCAGAUUAGGGCAUUUGCCUUUUACAGCUAUGAAAAAUCUAAGUUUCAUCCAUUUUCCUCCAACUUUUGAUUAUGUGUGUGAUGUAUGUCCUCAAGUACAGGCAAACUAG